AUGUGGUUGCGACCAGGGUUGUGCCUUUCCGUCAACGGUAACCAAGCAUUGCUGCACGCCACGUUCAACUGGCCCGGCGACCUCAUUGAAUCCGUGGCUCUGCACGGGUUGAGGGCAUCCCCAAUGGUGCGACGGGCCACUGACAGUCUAUGCCAUGCGUUGCGGUCCCUUACAUUCUUGUAUCGAGACAUGCUGACUUCCGAAUUGAAAGACAUGAACGAAGCCAAAGCCAAGUUUGGCACCCCCUUUGACAAAUGGACACCCAUCGAAGUGGACGCGCAGGCCACACAACGCCGCGGAAAAGUCGUCCAAGCAGGGUCGGCGGUAGCAACGGUCCUCAACGAAACGGAGCAAGUGGUCAAGUUUGGCCUGUUUUGCAUGGCGCUCAUGUACUUUCGCGAGUUGAGUUUGCUGCAAAAACAGAAAAACGUGUGGAAUAGCCAUGUCAGUAAACCACCGAGCAGCAAGCACAACAAGCCGUCGUUGCUUCAAGGCGAGCGUACCCGACAGGCCAACCACCAGCGACCGUGA